AUGACUAUGGCAAUAGAGAAUCAGCAACGCUUCGGCGGUGGCCUUCCUUUCGACCAUUUGCCCUUUGCCAACCCAUCUCAGUUUAGUAAUCCAUGGUCAUCGACGUCGUCGCCAUCACAUAGCCUCUUCAACCCACAACACAACAUCAACUCCACCUUGGGCCUCGAUGUGAAGCCACCGCCACCUCAACGUCGCUUGAAUGGCAAUGUGCCUAUGAAUUCGUUUACAAACGUGCCGAUAUCUGGACCUUCAGCCGGGACCUCGCUUGAAGCGUACGCACCACACCACCUUCUCACGGCGCCUCAUGAUAUGCUUAACAAUAAUCGAGCCGUAUCAACUGGAUUCGAACCCUCUUAUUCCUCCAAUCAAUCCCCCAUUCAACACUCAUUUUCCCCGAAUCCAGCCACAUCCUAUGAAUCGUUGGGCUACGUGCCGGGGCCGGUACGCUCUUCUUACGCCAUUCAGUCAGAUAAUUCACGACGUUUAUCUCAGCCAUCUGUCAAUCACAACGCCGUUGAUAAUUCAGAGGACUUGAGGCAUUCGCACCGACUCAAUUCGCCCAUUGAUUUCCAACAACAUCGAAACUUGCCCAACGAGCCUCGGGCAUUUGGUGAUGCCAUGGAUGCCAGCCGUGGUAUGAUUGCCAUGAGCCAAAAUUCAAGUGCGCGAGAAGCUUACGAGCAAUCAAAUCGAAUGCGGGGAUCAGGUGAUUCUUAUGGUUUCCCUACGCCGGCGAAUAACUCGGCUAGCUCAAUGUCAUCGGCUGGGCCGUAUCCAGCAUAUUUUGGGGGAUCAGUCGAUAGUAGUGUGAGUGAGUAUUCAAACAAUGGCUUACCCGCCAACCCCUCGGAAAUAGACACUGUCGCCUCAAGAACUCUUCCACGACCAUCGAAUCUCCUAGGCGGUGUCGGCGGCAUCCCUCCUGCCCCACAAUCUAUGAUGGGACAGUUUAGUUCCAAGGUUUCAUCUAGUACGCAGAAGAAGCAUAAGUGUAAAGUAUGCGAUAAACGAUUCACUCGACCAAGCUCACUGCAGACACACAUGUACAGUCACACGGGGGAAAAGCCUUUUUCGUGCGAAGUUGAAGGUUGUGGUCGCCAUUUCUCCGUCGUCUCAAAUUUGCGUCGACAUCGAAAAGUACACAAGGGCGAGGCUCGAUCCGAGGCCGGUUCAGAGGAACACCAGUCCGACGAAUGA